AUGAAGAAGGAAAUUAAAGAUAAAUAUAUCCGUAUUCUAUUUAUCCACGUGUCUACUGCGUACGCCUUUCCACACGAAAAGAUACUUUACGAGAAACCCUAUCCACCUCCGGCUAAUCCCAACGAAGUACUGAAUGGUUUAAGUUGGAUCAGUGAUGACGCACUAGAAGGAUUUUCAAAAAAAAUACUUGGAAAUUGCCCAAAUACGUACACAUUUUCCAAAGCCCUUGCUGAGGACCUAGUCAAUCAAGAAGUAGGAAAAAUGCCAGUAAUAAUAAUACGCCCAGCUGUAGUUAUACCAACAUUGGAUGAUCCUAUUCCGGGUUUCUUCAACAAUCUCACCAGCCCAAUGGGUAUUUUCAUUGGAGCAGGAAAAGGAGUUAUUAGAACGAUGUAUCUGGACAGCAAAUCCUUCGCCAAUCUGGUACCUGCAGACUCUACUAUAAACGGUACUCUGAUAUCCAUCUGGGACUACUUAACAACAAAAAAACAAUAUGUAUUUAAUCUGUGCGUACCUUUGGAGGAUAUAAAACUAAACUGGGAAGAAAUAGUAGAACUAGGGAAAGACGUAAUUUAUAACAGGAUACCGUUCAAUGGUAUUCUGUGGUAUCCAGGUGGAUCGAUGACGAAAAGCAAAGCGUGGCACUAUUUCAAUUUCGUACUUUUUCAAAUAAUUCCAGCAUUUUUUAUUGAUGGCUUAUUGCUUUGCUUAGGAUACCCACCAGUACUGCUCAAAGUAAACAACAGACUGCACAAAGGACAGGAAAUGUUCGAGUAUUAUACGACAAGGGCAUGGUACUUUAAAACAGAUUACCUAGUUCAUAUGAGAAAAAAAUUAAAUAGCAUAGAGAAAAAGUUGUAUAAAGUGAGUACAUAGUAUUAACAAAAAAGUCAGUCUUCAGAGAAUAUCUACUCAGG